AUGCCAAUAUUAAAUAGUGAUUUACGAAAAGAAUUUCUUACAUAUUUAAAUCAACCUGAAUCAUGUGAAUUAUUUUACAUGUAUAUGAAAUCAGAACAAUUAGAAUAUGUACUUGAAUUUUAUUUAGCAUGUGAUGGUUUAAAAAAUUUAAUAAAUGAUAAAAAAACUCAAUCAUCUAUUAUUACACUUAUUUAUAAAUAUUAUUUAUCAAAUAGAAAAUCUUUAUCAUCAUCAAAAAUAUUUUCUCUACCAGAUUAUUUACUUUCAUCUAUAAAACAACGUUUAAUUAAACAUGAAUAUCAUGUUAGAUUUUAUGAACAAGCACAAGAAUAUGUUCUUAAAUAUAUGUUACAAAUGUGUUAUCCAAAAUUUUUUAUUGAACAACAAAAUUUACCUCAAACAAAACGACAAGCUUUAACUAUAUCAACAUUUAGUCCAAUGUAUAAACGUUUACGAUCUUUUACUUUUUAG